GAUGCACUUAAUCUCAAAGUACGCAGUACUCUUCGCGUGCGGUUUGUUUAUGUCCAUUCUUGCAAAGUGAACCGGAAAAAUUGUAUGCAAUAUUGCCUCAGUAUAAAUUACCCAAAAACAAUUUUAGCCAUUUUCCUUCUCGGCAGCUGCAAGAAUAAUACAUGCGUACACAAAAAGUACAGAGCAUAUAUUCCUGGUUAUUUGGAAAACGAGUCAGUAAGCAAGAAGGGUCUUAUGAGUUCAACAUCACUUCAUGAUGCUGAACAUAUCAUACCAAGGUGGUAACCAGAGCUUUGAAGAAGCAACGCUUUGUUGCAGGCAUUUAGACGUAUUUUUCAGCAAAGCCGAUAGCGAUGUCAUCCUGUUGUCAGACACAAUUGUCUGUGUGAUUAAUUCUGUAUUUAGCGUAAUCGCCGUGUUCGCCAACAUACUCAUCUUGUACGCUUUGUACAAAGCCUCGUCGCUGCACUCUCCAUCUAAAGCGUUGCUAUGCAGUCUCGCUUUGUCAGAUCUGGGAGUCGGUGCUAUAGUACAGCCAUUAUUCGUGGUCUACAGAUGGGCACAGAUCAACGGAAUUCUUCACAAAUAUUGCAAGGAAGGAAUUUUCUCUCAUAUCGAAGGAAGUCACUUCUCGGCUGUUUCAUUUCUUACAAUGGCGGCUAUUAGUAUCGACCGGCUCCUUUCGCUGGUCCUUCGCGUACAAUAUCAUUCCACUGUCACCCUAAGAAGAGUUAUUUUCCUGCUAGCUUUAAUUUGGAUAAGCGGAGGCUUAUGGUCGUCAUUUUGGACCAGAAAACAGGAUUUAUACUCGCUUAUAGGCAUGAUACAAAUUCCAGUCUUUUUUUCCAUAACGUUCUGCGCUUACUUAAAAAUCUACCUCUGCCUUCGCAAGCAAGCUUGUAGGAUGGGAAGGCACGUGAACCCACUGAAAUGCAUCAGAAAAACACAUGGUAUGAAUUUCGCUCGCUACAAGAAGUCUGUAGUGAGCAUGUUUUACCUAUUUUGUGCUUCAGUGGUCUCAUUUCUGCCAUAUCUUUGUCACAAAGUUGCAGUAGCCAUUUCUGGAUGGAAUACUUCAACUUCGGUUUUGUUUAGCUUUGCUCUCACCAUGGUUUACAUGAACAGUUCUGUGAAUCCUUUAAUAUACUGCUGGCGGAUUUCAGAGCUGAAGCAAAUUGUACUUAAUGUUCUCUGUCGUAACCGUUCAGUAGUGAAAGAAGUCAAGUUCGUAACCUCUAGAGACCAAGUAAAAAUUCGGUCUUAGAGUAGCUCAAAGUGAUGAUUUCCCGCACUUGAAGACAAUUCUGGGAUAUGGAUCAACAUACCAGAGAUUAUUCUCCCAGCGUUACCUCCGUGAUGUCACAGAAAGAAGAUAUAAUUGCAAACUACUUGACUAACUGAUUUUAACAACCCGGUGCCUCAGGUUAGCCGUGAAAAUCUUGGAUCUACAAACACGGCUUUUUAGGAAAAGUAUUCUUUAUGUUGGCCUUUCUCUAAAGUAGCCCUCUUAAAAUGAAAACAGAAACUUUUAGCGCGAGAAAAUUUUAACCAAUUUAAGAUUGCAGUACCGCGGGAUCGCUGCUACUGAACUUCGACUGUAUAACAACCCCAAUUCAUGUUUAUUCCAAAAGUUGCAGAGUCAUUGCCAUAAAUUCCGAAACAUCAGAAAUUGUUUUCGAUAAAUGUAGUCAAAACGUCAACGUGCUCGCUCACUUUCAGUCUGAAAGGUAAUUGCUGAAACUUUGUAGGUCAGUUUUCAAAGCUAAAACUGAACUUUAAUAAAUCAGCUUGAAUAAGCCUACAGAGGUUACCAUCUGUUAUUUCAGCGACAUUAUUGAACUUUGCGGACGUAAGGCUUAAAUAUAAUUUUAGCGAUCGAAAGAUAUUGAUCUUCCAGAAUUGUUUACACUGUUUGAUGCAUUUCCUGUUGACCAUAUAUGCUUUAUAACUUUCAUAGAAUUACGUGAUGAUUCGUGAUUUUGUGUGUUUUCCUUGUUUGUGAUCACCAGGCUUGCGCAGCCGGCAGAUCCUACGGAAAAUGAAAGGGCGCGAAAUCAAGCAUUUGUUCUGUGCUCGAAGCUCGCGGCUCGCUGCUCUUUGUUCUCUGCUCGAGCAAGAAGCUCGUAGCUCCGCUUCUUGAUUCUUGCUAACAAAAACGAGUUGCGAAGCUUCAAGUUGAGAAGUAGGUUUCUCUUAUUAUUGCGUUCCACGCCUUUCGCCGCUUCGCUGCUUAACGUUUCAAAGUGCACAUUAACUAGUAAUUAUAUUAUUACGUAAGUAUAUUUGAAUAAAGAAACUAUAAGCGUGGAUCUUAAGUAUAUCUUGAGGUCUCCUUCAGGCAAAAAGUAGUUUGGUUUAUUAGCGGGCUUAGAAUAUCAUAAUGUAUUUCGUAUGACAUUUACCUGAGACAAACUUGGUUAUCACUGAAUCCGCCAAAUGUGAGCUCUAAUUCAGUUGCAAACAAAACUAUUGUUUCAAAAACAAUGCGUCAUCCUUCAGUAAUAUUGGCUCUCUCUUAUUCAUUCGGUGAAUAUUCAGAGAGUUCUAAGGAGGAUCCAUGUACGUGUAUCACUAAGUUGGAAGUGAUUCAAGAAAUCAAAAGCUUAGAUGUCCCCAACGAUAGAUUUACAAGCACGGCAACCUUACAGAGUAUGUUUCGAGAAUGAAAUAAAAUGAAUUUUACGGAGCUAACACUU